GAAGGAAACCUGGGAGCAUCUAUGUGUAGCCAGCUCUUCAGUCCUGUGUUCUAAGGAGCUAGAAUUUCAACUGAUUCCUGCUAGGAGGUUGACCAUUUGAAGGCUCAGUCAGCAGUUUAUCCAUCAUCCAGUGUGACUGCCAACACUUAACCAGCUGGAUAAGGCAGUGGAAGCAGCCCACACCUUUUUCAUGGCCAACCCUGAGCACAUGGAAAUGCAGCAGAAUAUUGAGAAUUACAGAACCAUGGCCGGCGUCGAAGCCCUCCAGCUGGUAGAUCGGGAAGCCAAACCACACCUGGAGAGUUACAGUGCAGGAGUAAAACACUAUGAGGCUGAUGACUUUGAACUAGCUAUCAAGUACUUUGAACAAGCUUUAAGAGAAUAUUUCAACGAAGAUAAGGAGUGCAGAGCCCUGUGUGAGGGGCCUCAGAGAUUUGAGGAGUAUGAGUUCUUAGGGUAUAAAGCUGGUCUCUACGAAGCCAUUGCAGAUCACUACAUGCAGGUGCUGGUCUGUCAGCAUGAAUGUGUGAGGGAACUCGCCACGCGCCCUGGCCGCCUCUCACCCAUCGAGAACUUUCUUCCCCUGCAUUAUGACUACCUACAGUUCGCCUACUAUCGAGUGGGCGAAUAUGUGAAGGCCUUGGAGUGUGCCAAGGCCUAUCUUCUGCUCCAUCCAGACGACGAGGACGUCCUGGACAACGUGGACUUCUAUGAGAGUCUGCUGGAUGACGGCACCGACCCAGCGUCUGUUGAGGCCAGGGAGGAUUUGGUGAUGUUUGUGAAGCGUCAUAAACUGGAGUCAGAACUAAUACGAUCAGGGGCAGAGGGCCUGGGCUUUUCAUACACUGAGCCGAAUUAUUGGGCUAGAUACGGAGGACGGCAGGAUGAGAAUCGGGUUCCUUCAGGAGUGAAUGUGGAAGGGGCCGAAGUUCAUGGAUUGUCAAUGGGGAAAAAGUCAUCACCCAAGAUCGACCGAGACCUAAAAGAGGGUGGCCCCCUGCUCUAUGAGAACAUCACGUUCGUCUACAACUCGGAGCAGCUCAACGGGACUCAGCGCGUCCUCCUGGAUAACGUGCUGUCGGAAGAACAGUGCCGGGAGCUGCACAGCGUGGCCAGCAGCAUCAUGCUUGUUGGUGAUGGAUACAGAGGAAAAACUUCACCCCAUACACCCAACGAAAAGUUUGAAGGUGCAACUGUCCUGAAAGCACUCAAAUUCGGCUAUGAAGGUCGAGUCCCCCUGAAGAGUGCCCGUCUGUUCUAUGACAUCAGCGAGAAGGCACGGAAGAUUGUAGAAUCCUAUUUCAUGCUGAACUCAACCCUGUAUUUUUCCUACACACACAUGGUCUGCCGAACAGCCCUGUCUGGUCAACAGGAUAGAAGAAACGACCUCAGUCAUCCCAUCCACGCUGACAACUGCCUUUUGGAUCCAGAGGCCAAUGAAUGCUGGAAGGAGCCUCCUGCUUACACGUUCCGGGACUAUAGCGCUCUCCUGUAUAUGAAUGACGACUUCGAAGGAGGAGAAUUCAUAUUCACGGAGAUGGAUGCCAAGACUGUGACUGCCUCUAUAAAACCAAAGUGUGGGCGCAUGAUCAGCUUCUCAUCUGGAGGAGAGAACCCACAUGGGGUGAAGGCAGUCACCAAGGGCCAGAGGUGUGCGGUGGCUUUGUGGUUUACCUUGGACCCACUUUACAGAGAACUGGAGCGAAUACAGGCGGAUGAAGUGAUCGCCAUCCUGGAUCAAGAACAGCAAGGGAAGCAUGAACUGAAUAUCAACCCCAAAGAUGAGCUAUAAAAAUGAGGGGGGGGUAAAGAGUGUUCUAUCAGAUAUUUAUUUAAAUUGUUAAUCUUAUGAGAACCUUUUUAUUUUUGUACAGAGCCACGAUAUAAAUUAAUAGGUUAAUAUGAGUCACCGGA